GGGAGAUCUAUGUAAGUGAUACAUCACAAUGGAUGACCUGAUUUAAUAGGCAUAUAAACACAAGACGAAGUUAUGUAGCUCUUUCGGUAAGGAUUUUCAUCAUUAUACUCUUUCCUGAAUACUUUUGCUGAAUUGAGUUUCCCCAGCAAAAGAAGAAUCAUGUAUCUUUUAUGGCCUCUGCUGUUUCUUCAUGUUUCAGCACAGCGUUGGACUCUGUUUGAUGAACAGUUAAAGCCUAAACGGGAGGGCAGAGUGAGAUUGGUGGGUGAUCUGCCUUCCUCUGGUCGUGUGGAGGUGUAUCAUGAUGGACAGUGGGGUUCAGUGUGUGAUGAUGGAUGGGAACUGGCUGAAGCUCAGGUGGUGUGUCGUCAGCUGGGUUUUCCUGGAGCUGUAUCAGCCAUGGCUGGAGGACAAUAUGGUGAAGGCUCUGGUCCAAUCUGGCUGGAUAAUAUAAACUGUAAAGGCUCAGAGAACUCAUUGUCUGAUUGCUGCUUCAAAGGUUGGGCUGUAACUGACUGCACACAUAAAGAAGAUGCAGGAGUUGUCUGUGAAACUGGUAAAAACAUGAGCAUCAAUCGUCACUUCACCGUGGAUAACAGUCUGGGUUUGUCUGAUGAUCUUGGCGUUCUGUUUGACAGUGGAGAUGGUUGUGAUUUUAGCAUUUAUGUACGUGAUCUCAGUGAAGAUGCAGAAUUGACCUUUUGUGUACACAGUUUGAUCCUCAUGGCUUAUUCAAAAUUAAACAUAACACACAACCCCGAAAACUUCACAGUGGAGGUCAGCCAGACGUGCCAUCCCCAUGUCUCUGAUUUUCUCAGGUAUUUGUACACUAGGCAGGUUGAUGUUUCCAUCACAUCGGCUCAAUGCCUCCAUCAGUUGGCUUAUAUCUUUGGAGUGAAGAAGCUUAUGGAGGAUGUUGGCAGGGUCUUCACUUUACUCAUUCCUGAAGACAACAGCUUCCAGACCCAAGUGUCAAUGUACGAGUAUGGUGUCCGCACAGGCGAUAUUGUUCUGCAGGAGAAUGUCCUUCAGUACCUUUCCUGGAACUGUGAGUUCCUCAUCAGUUCUCCGGUGUGGAACACCCUCUCCUUUCACAUGAUGGACACUCUUCUGUUGCGCUCAGACCUGGUUGUCAGGGAUGAAGCUUUUCUUCUUGAAGCACUGGAGAGCUGGAUCCAAGACAAAGAUGAUGCAGUUAGUCCAGAACAACAGGUCAGUCUCCUGAAUCACAUCCGCUUCCUGUUGAUCCCAGUUGAUAAACUCUAUGACCUGCUGUAUAGCUCAAGCAUUCUCCGUCAGAAUCAAGAGAAACUGUAUCUAACUGGCUUGCUCAAAGGCUUUCAGUUCAACACUCUUCCCUUCUCUAAGAUCAGGAAGCAACUGGACAACAUCAGUAAUGAGUAUCUGCCCAGAAUCUACACUGCAGACGAGUUGAGUGUAUUUGUCAAUGACACCACAGUCAAUUAUCAGCCCAGUCACUACUACUAUGGGCAAAAUAACAGAAUCCAGACUCUCUCAGCUCCUGUACACACUAGUGCCUAUUUCAAAGACCAAAAGGUCCAAUGGCAAGCGCAGGUGUUUCUUAGCAUUCAAGAGUGCUCUUACUAUGGUUUUACAUGUGAUUCUCUCCCUGUUGCGAAGUUCUUCGUCUAUAGCAAUGCGUACGAUUACACCAGCACCAUUCGCUACAACAACAGGUUGAUUCUCAGCUGUAAAAAUGUAAACAAAGUCUUUCAUGUCCAAGAUUUCAAAAACGAUGUGGCGGUGAUUCCUAACAACAGCAGUAUGGGCCUGCCGAACCCCUGUCCUGAUGACUACAGUUUUAGAUUUGUAGUGCGUCCAGAGUAUAUCUGAUGACUUCAGGUUGGUUCCCACAGUUGUUUUAGUUCACUUCUGUCUAGUCAUUUCAAUUGAAUAGUUUUAAAAUCAUGUUUACUCUUCAUUUACAACGUAUGAUAGUGAUUUAUGAUCAUAAUUUUGAUGAUUUCCGGUAAUUGAUAACAUUAAUAGACAUUAACAAUAUUUGGCUGUUUUAAAUGCACUUGAAUAAAAAUAAAUUUCUUCCAUAAUCUCUGUUUAACUUUAUUGUGUUCU